UGGAGUCGACUACGAAUCGACUAUCGACUACUAAUCGGCUACUUAAAAAUACUCGUGACGAGUCACUGAGAGAAAACAUAAUCAAUAGGCCAUCUCUAGCAAGUUACAGCAAAAAAAUUUGCCAUGUAAAAAAACAACACAAAAACACAAGAAGUGCGAUAUUAAAUAAUGUGAAAUGUAUUAAAACCAACAAACGAAAGCUGUGUGCUCCGACUAAGCCAACGACUCAAUCUUGAGAGCAAUUAUCUUGAAUACCGAAUAGCCGAAUAGACUGGCAAAAGACGUCGCCAUGGAGUCUGCAGACGCACUCAUGGAGGAGCAGAAGCUCAUGGCCGAGGCCAAAUACCGCAACUACAUGACAAACAUCGACAAAGCGCUGCGCAAUUUCGAAUACUCCAGCGAGUGGGCGGAUUUGAUAUCGGCGCUGGGCAAACUUAGCAAGGCAAUAUCAAGCAAUACGCAGUAUCAGGUCAUACCCAGACGCCUGAAGAUAGCCAAGCGUCUGGCCCAGUGCAUGCAUCCCGCCCUGCCAUCGGGGGUGCAUCUGAAAGCCCUUGAGACCUACUCGGUGAUAUUCAGCAAGACUGGACCCGAGCGUCUAGCCACAGAGUUUAUUUACAGCGCUGGCCUGUUCCCCCUGCUGGGCUAUGCCGCCAUGAAUGUGCGGCCCGCUCUGCUGGCCAUCUAUGAAACGUAUUUUGUGCCGCUCGGAGACAAGCUGCGGCCUGCUCUGAGUGGUUUUCUGAACGGUGUCCUGCCCGGCUACGACUGCGGGCUGGACCACUUUGAGCGGAUAAGUGCGCUGCUGAAGCAAGUGUGCAAUGCCGUCAAUCCCAUGCACUUCUACACGGUGCUGUGGGAGUCGGUGGCCAACAAUGCUGCGAUCCGUCUGCCAGCCAUCACCUAUCUGCUGGAGCAUUUCAACAAGCGGCUGGACAUGCAGGAACAGAUCUAUGUCAUGGGCCACAAUCGGGAGAUAAUGAUGUCGGCGCUGUGUGCCUGUUUGAACGACUCCCUGAUCCUGGUGCAGCGCAAUACGCUGGAGUUCCUGCUCCUUGGGUUUCCCAUGCACACGGCACUGCUGGCCGAAGAUGAUCUGGUCAAGUUGGUGACCAACGGCCUCAAUACAAUACUGAGACGCGAUAUGUCGCUGAACAGGCGACUGUUUAGCUGGCUGCUGGGCAGCGAGGUGGCCAAGAAUUCGCCCACCUAUGACACCCUCUCGCUGGACGCCUCGGCAGCGCCGCUGGACGAGCAACCAGUGCCGUACUUUGUGAAACAUUCGAGGCACAUACUGAUCCGGGCCCUGAUCACAACGCUGCGGCUGAGUCUGGAGUGUGCCCCCAUGGACCUGAAGCCGUAUCGGAUAAUGUUGUCGCUGCUGGACAAGGCAGAGAUUGGCAGCGCUGUCCUGGACUAUGUCCUGCACGACAUCAUACGUGCCAUGUACAUAUCCAGCGGUAAUCCGGAGGCUCUCAAGUCCGCCAACCUGCUCUUUGCCACCUUCGAUCCGGCCUACAUCUGGAGCUACAUGACCAACAUGUUUGAGCGGGCCUGCCAGCAGGCAAACUCCUCGCAGGACAAGCAGGAGAAGACGCACUCGCCUGAAGUCGAUAAAUUUGCCUGCGAGGUGGGCUCUGGCGAUCCGUGUGUGCUGGAGAUUUGCGUGCUCACCGAGUUCCUUCUGGAGACCGUCUCCCUGGAAAUGUACACGGAGACGACGCGCGUCUAUCUGCCCAAAGUGUUCCUGGCCAUCACCCAGCUGAUGUCCCUUCACAUGGAUCGCGUGACUAGCAGCGAGAUAACCGCCUCCCUCAAGCUAUGCAUGAAGAUCGUCUCUAGGGUGCAGCCCAUGAUAACAAGUCCCAUUAAACUGAACAAACUUAUGGAGCAGUGUGCGGGCUCCUCAUCGGACGAGAAGAUUACAGUCGAUGCGGUGGCCAUCGACAGUGCUAAGAAGGGGGUGCCGGGCACCCAUACACAGGGAAGCUCCCUGGAGAAGAGCAAGUCGGACUCGCGCCUGAAUCAGUUUGCGGAGAACUCGCUGCAAAGCGCAGAUCCAAACGACGAGGAACUCAUACGACGCUCGGCCUCCAAUCAGAGCGUGGGACGGCAGAGUCCCAGCAAGAAGAAGGCCAAGUCCAUUUCACGUCUCUCUGAGCUGGACAAGGAUAUAAGCGCCUCGGACACGGGCCAGCAGUCGUCCUCGGACCUAGACACUCCUCGGAGCAUCAAGAAGCUCAAGGCCAAGGCAAAAGUGCCCUUCAUACGUAGUCCCAAGAAACAGCGACCCAAGGACAUUGUGCUGGUGCAGUCCGCAGCCGUCACUGAUGUCGCUGGGAAUGGCCAUGAUGCCGAUGAGCCAAAGAGCGCCCCACCCGACCAAUCGCCACAGUUCUAUCUGGAUGAGGAGAGCCGCGCCACCCAACAGCGAGGAUUCUCCAUACUGGAGAAAUGCAUCCGGCAGUACGAGAUCUUUUUCGAGGUAUACGUGGCCCGCAAACUGCUACAAAUCGAAUCGGAUGGCACGUCGGAGUGCUCGGUGAAGGUUCAGCUGCAGCGCAGCACCAGCUCCCACAGUUCGCACACCUCCAGCCUGUUCAUGGUGGAGCAGGUGCUGGAGUAUGAGUGCCCCAUCCGUGAGUCACAAAUCGAGCGUCUGUUCAAUCUGCUGCGCGUGGACAAAGUGCCCCGCUCCAAGCAACUGCAGCGACUGCUCAAUCACUCCCUGCCACUGCUGGCCAGUGCCAGCGAACUAAGCAGCGACAGCGAAGCCACGGAGGCACCGGAGAGGCAGCAGCAGGAGCAGAGCCUGCUCAUCGAUGCCCAGACGCAGCGCAGUGUCCAGCAGCUUGCCGAACUGCAGCUGAGUCUGAGCAUGCGCGGAGCCGUCAAACUGGCGGCCACAUUGCUGGUGGAGAUGUCCACGUUCCCCAACUGCAACAAGCACAUUGUGCUGGACAAGAGCGAGCCGGAGUUGCCGAAUUGGCUGAAGGUCUUGUGUCUGGUGGCCUGCUUUGCCCAAAGUGACAAGGAACUGCAGGUGUCGGCCAUCACCACGCUCUUCGAUCUGAUCAGCUUAUUGCGCUCGCAGAUCGAGCACACAACGAGUCCGGGAGUCACCUUCGUGGUGAUGCUGCCGCUGCUAAAGUUCGGCCACGUCAGCUACAUGGAGCAGCAAACGCGAGUCUUUCAGCUGGUGAGCUCCAUUCUGUGGGACUACCUGGGCGCCGCCUGCACGGAUCCGGCCCAAACUGCGGCGCUGCUGCAUCAGCUGCACAGCUGCCUGGAGAGCGGCCUGGUGGAGACGGUCAUUGGCAAUCGAAUGCAGGCGCAGCAUCUGCUGCAGGUGCAGCCUAUACCUGGCUGUGGAAGAACCGCUCUGCGCAGCUUCCAGCUGGAGCGGCUGGGCGACGCCCAACUGCUGUGCCCCACCGAGUCCACCGAGCGGCUGAGGGAGAGCCAGGCGCGCAGCUUCAAGAAGUUCGAGUUGCUGUGGCAUCUGGGCAGGGACAAGCAGACGUCGCGGGGAUUCGAGAAGACCCUGCUCAAGGUGCUGGACACCUUGGGGCUGCCCCACUACAUGUCCGAGCGGACAUUUGUGACCAACUGGCUGCAGGCCUCGCUGCUGCGCGGAGAUCUAGCGCGUCUGACCAAGCCGCUCUACAAGAUUCUCCUCUCGGCGAACUCGAAGCGGGUGGGCAUCGUCCACAUGCAGCAGCUGUAUCGCGAGUCUGCCGAGGCCGAGGGAGACACUGCGCCAGCCUUCGAGCGGGAUGUGUACGCCAUCAGCUCGGAGCAGGGAAACGUCAAGUAUCACCACAUGGAGACAACCAGCGGGGCCAAGAAGAAGAGCCCCAUCAGAAAUUUACCCAAGAAAAUCUUCGGUGUGACUCUGAGCGGUGGAAAGACGAACAAGACGUCCAACUUUGUGAGCGACAAGACGGCCAUGGCCACGGAGGCAGCCCAGGAUGUGAACACCAUUGGCCUGAUCAUCAAUCCACUGGAGAAUGCCACCGACUUUGACGACGAAACGGAUCUGGAGGAGCCGCGCAUCGAGAUUCCCCACAAAGAGACACCGCUGGAGCAGAAGCUGGCCUGUGCCAUGGACGAGAGUGAUCAGACAUCCCAAGAGCAGACGCCGCAGCAGCAGCAGCAGCAGCAGCUGGAUCAGUCGUCGCACCUUGACCAGGACAUAACCGACAACUCCGAGAGCAGCGACUUCGAGUCGGACUCGGAACUGCGCGAAACAAGUCUGGAGAAGGAGGACAGCCUUACGGUCAGCUCCAGUGCCGGGGUCGGCGAUGAUGUCAAGCGAUUCGUGGGCGACUGCGAGCGGGUCACUGAGGCCCUCACCCAGCACGAGAAGAUCAAGAGUCGCAAGACGUAUCGCCUGACCCGAGAGAAGACUCCCGGCGAGACCAGCCUCAACUCUGUGGCCACAGACCAGACAGAGCACAGCCUGACGGACUUGCACGCGGAUGCCCUGCCAGCGGAUGAGUACUUCCGCGAGGACAAGAAGCAGGACAAGGGCAAGCGCAAGAAGCUGCUGACGAGCAGCGACAAGAAGAGGCUGAGCUGCAUAUCCAAGACAUCGACGGACAGCAACCUCAGUGGCUCCUGCUCCCAGGUGGAGCCAGCUCCAGAGAGUGAGCCUCAGGGCGAAGAGGAAGCUGCCACUGCCACAGACUCCACCAUCAAUGUGGAGGACAAGCGACGAAAUCUCAGCCUGGAGACUAGCAAACUGCAGCCCGACUGGCAGAAGACUCUGGAGAAGGGCAAGCAGAACGUGGAGAUCCUUCGCCAGAAUGCAGCGGCGGCUGCUGCCGCAGAGGAGCAAACCAGUCUGCGGAGCUCAAUGAAGAGCAGCAGCUCCCUGGCCGACGCGGCCCAUCUGUACCACAACCACUUGCUGCUCUACUUGGCCAUCUACGAUACGCGCCAGACCCUCUACGCCCUGCAGACGCUGCGCAACAUCAUCUGCUGCGACAAACGCACCUUCCUCUGCCUGUCCAUCACCACGUCGUUCUCGAGCGCCAGCCUGAAGCAGCUGCUUGUCCGACACCGCAAGAGCAUCUCCGGCAAGGGCUUCGAAGGCAGUGUGGGCAACUCCGAGUACGCCCAGGGCUAUCGCGGAUGCAUGCAGCUGGAGCUGCUGGUCACGCUGUGUCUGUUCUAUGCCCGCGGCUACUUCCAGCGCGAGUCGCUGGACGCCCAGCGGCAGCCGCCCACGCUGCAGGAUAUUGUCAAUAACCGGAGGAUCCAGUUGGAGAGCAUUGAGCUGCUGACCCUGAUUUGCACAGAGCUAAUUGAAAUCGUAAAGGGAAUGGGCAGAGGCCUGGCAUGCUACAUCGCCGAUCUGCUGGCCCGCGCCAAGCUGCAGAAGGUCAUGCUGCACUGCCUCAACAGCUCCGUGUGCAGCUACGGCCGCAGGGCACCCACCGGCAGCUACGCCGAGCAAGUGCUCAGCUUCAACGAUCCGCAGGACGAUCAACUGCACGCUGACUGCUUUCAGCUGCAGCUGCUGCGCCUGCUCCUGUCUGUGAUCCGGCUUGAGCACGAGGUGCACCAGCUGCGGCAGGACACGCCGCCCGCGGCUGGCGAAGAAUCUACGGGCAACGCCUCGCCCACCCGUCUGGCAGAGGGAGCGGCAGCCAAUGUCAAGUAUCUGCCCAACUGCCUGAUUAGCCAGCAGCCCAUGUUCCUAGCCGCCGUCUUGGGCGCACUGCAGCAGGAGCGGCUGCGUCACCUGCACCGCAACUGGACGGACCUGGUGACCUCUUCGCUCAACUGUUUCACCUUCGGCUCGCUGACCAACAUCGUGAUUAGUGUGGUCCAUCAGCUGUGCAACAACCUGGACCGCAUGGCCCGGCUCGGCCUCCAGCAGCAGCGUCACUUUCCGCCCGACUACGUCCUGUCACAGCUGGAGGCCCUGACCAUUCUCUGCCACUACUGCCUGCUGGACAACACCCAGCAGACAGCCCUCUCGCAUCUGUUCAACCAGGCGUAUCCCCAGACUAGUUCCUCGGCCCAGAGCUCCAGCACGGGCCAGCUGCUGAACAGCAUUGUGCACUCGUUCCUCUCGACCAGCGAAUUGACGACCGGCACAUCGGCACCGGCACCGCGCAAUCCGCAGCUGCAAGCUGCCCGCAACGCAGUGCUCUCGCACCUGCCCAGGAUCAUGAGCAGUGUGGCGGCCAUUUGGGACAGCGAGCUGGGACAACUGCGGCCCGUGCGACAGCAGUUGAUGGAGUUCCUGUCGCCCGUAUCGCUGCACCAUGGCUGCAACUUCCUGGCCGCCGUGGCAGUUACCUGGCAGCAAAGGGGCAGUAGCAAUGGCUCCAAUGCCAGUGGGUUGAGCAUCUCCGACCAGUUUCAGCGCAACUCCACCCUGCAAGCCUGUCCGGGACAGCUCUCGCUGGUCUCCCUGGUGUCCAGCAUACGGGUGAUGCCCAUGGACUCGUUUGUGAUGACCCUGCACCAGGUGGUGCGGUCUCCUCCGCCCAUCCAUCGCCCGCCCGCCCAUCUGAGCAUCGAGGUGAGCGCCCUGGAGCUGUUCUACUUCUACAUGAAGUCUGCGCCCGGCUCCCAGCUAGCGGACGCCUGGAGCUCACUGCUAGCCCUCAUUCGAGACGGGCUCAGUCUCUCGCCGCCGGCGCAGUUCGCGUUGCUGAUGCUGCUCAACGAAUUCGUGCAGCGGUGUCCCCAGAUGCCGUUCCAGGACAAGAAGGAGGUGAGGGAGCUACACGACGUCACCUCGCGGCUGGUGGACUCGCUGUCGGGUGUGGCCGGAUCCUGCCUGGAGCAGACUACCUGGCUGCGUCGCAACCUAGCCGUAAAGGAGGACACCGAUGGCCUGGCCAAGGACAACAGCAUCGGCGGCGGCGGCAUCCAGCAGUACUCGCUGCAGGCCCAGAGCGUCCUGGCCACCAUCCUCUCCAACCUGCUGGACGUGGCCUACGGGUCGCAGGAGAAGGACAAGGUUGUGAACAUUGUGACCCCCCUGCUGUACAACAUCACGCCCUAUCUGAAGAACCACACGGCCCGCAAUGUGCCGUUCUUCUAUGCCUGUUCGGCCCUUUUGGCCAGCCUCAGUGGCUACCAGUACACGCGCAAGGCGUGGCGCAAGGACAUGCUGGACCUGCUGCUGGACAACUCCUUCUUCCAGAUGCACAUCUCGUGCCUCCCCUUCUGGCGCAUGAUCAUGGACAGCCUGAUGACCUACGACAACACCACCUUCCGCGAACUAAUGACCAGGGUGUCGCUCUCACAGGCAGGCAGUCUGAACAUAUUCACGUCGCGGGAGCAGGAGUUCGAGCAGAGGGGCAUGCUGCUGAAGCGCCUGGCCUUUGUCAUCUACUGCAGCGAGUUCGAUCAGCACAACAAGUAUAUGCCGGACAUUCAGGAACAACUGGCAAACAGCCUGCGUCUGGUGCCAAUGGGCCCGUCAGUGCAGGCGGCAGUAUUCCUGUGCUUCAGGGUGCUGCUACUCCGCAUGUCGCCCGAUCAUGUUACCUCGCUGUGGCCCAUCAUCAUUGCCGAAAUGGUGCAGGUGUUCCUGCAGAUGGAGCAGGAACUUAAGUCGGAGAGCGAAGAGCGCAGCCAACAAAUGCGACUGCCGUCGAGCAUAGAUGUGUCGUGGUCAAACAAUUCUGGUGCCAGCAACGGCAUCAGUGCCCAGACACCGAUGCAGCAUUGGCGAUCAGUUCAGCUGGAGGCCUGCAAGCUGCUGGAACUUGGCUGUGUGCUGCCGGCGACCAAACUUCCCCACUUUCAGAUGUAUCGAUGGGCCUUCGUGGGCACAGAGUUCGAUGUGCACGAGGAGGAGGUGGGUCUGCCCAAUGGCAGCCUGGAGAACCUGGCCGCGCUGCCCAGUGCGCUGUAUGUGCCCCAUGUGAGACGCGUGGCUAGGCUGAUGGACAUGAAGUACACCAGCCAAUCGCCGUUGCUGCAGCGUCCCAGCAAUCGUCAUUUGAUGCUGAACUUCCAGCAGCUGCAAUCGCUUCAGGAGCUCUACGCCUUCUUCUCCACCCUGGGCAUCAGCUGUCCACAGCCGCGCAACUUUGCCGACACGGAGCGGGAUGUGGCCAAUUGCCUGGAGGAGAUCGAGGAUGUGCUGGCCAAUGAUUUCCUGGAGAAGCUACCCAGUCUCACAACGCCCAGAUGAAAACUGGCAACGCCCUACAGGCAGACCCUGACGCUGACGCAGACGCAGACGACGCGUCUGUCGCAGUUUGAGCUCAAACUGAAUGUGAAUCUGGGCGAGUUUGCCAUGGAACCGGCGGCACAUGGCGGCCGUGGCCAGGCAGCUCGCAUCAUCGCCGCCAUGCAGGCAACCCUCACAAGCCAAAACGCAGAGACGAGCUUCAUGCAGAUGCAGACCCACAACAAUAAGAAGACCAACUUUCCAUUUUAUGUCUAAGUAAGGCUUACGCUGAGUAUGAUACGAUAUAUAGCUAGCUAGCAAGAAGAUUAUGGGGCGAGGCGAAGCGAGCAUAGAGUAUACAUACAUACAUAUAUAUAUAUAUAUAGUUAUAUACAUAUAUACCAGUAUAGAUAUCUGUAGUGUGAUCGAUCAGUUGUUUUAACUGUUGAGUGUUUAAGAGAGAUGGAUGCCCAUAGCCCAAUAAUAAUAAUAGUAAUAUUAAUAUAGCCCCUGUAUUGUAUGUAAUGUAUAUGUAUUUAAACUGUUGAUAGUUGCGCCGAAGUCAAAGUGAAUAAGAGACGUGUUUACGACAAGUUGCAAUCAAAUACAUGAGCGUAUU